AUGUGCAUUUUCGCGCACGCGGUGUGGUCUACGCUUGCGGCCUUCGUCUUUUGCAAGGUCUUUUCCAACCUACAGGCUGGCUAUGCGCGCUUCUCUCGAAGGGCUUCAACCACGCGCGCUCAUUUCCUCCUGGUUCGUGCUCGUUGCUUGGCUUGCAUUCAGAAAGUUUUGUUUUCUAUAGGCUUGAGCACCCCCGCAGUCUUACACAACCACCUUGUUUUGCUUGGCUUCAUCUCUCCUGCAGGACCUGCUGAAGCUCUGCGGCGCGCGCGCUGUCGUGCGACUGCCUCCUUCCUCUUGCACCUGUGCCUUUACGCGCCGGCGCUCCUUGCCUUGGCCGUUGCAUUGAGUGCCUUCGCUGUGCUGUAUAUGGCGUGCUGCUUGCUGCGCUAUACGCUGGGGCGGCUACUCUACGGUGCUGACCAGGCGCAACAAUGCUGCGCGUCUGCCGCUCCGCCCCCGCUGACUAACGAAGGAUUCCUUUGCACUGAUGAAGACGCGGAUUAUUUCGUGGAGGUCUUGCCUUUUCGUCUGCUGCCCCUGCUCACCGAUCCAGCAUUCGAAGGUCAUUUACUGCGAGCUCUCCAUGGACUUUCUUCUGUUCCUGCAUUUUCUUUCGUGCUGCUGCUGUCUCAUUCUGCACGGUCCAAUUGGAACUUGCUUUGCAGCCUGGAAGCAACUUUGGUCGGGGACGCCUCGAGUUUGUGCGCUGCCAUUGUGCCCGUGCUUCGGCCAAUCCUGCCUGAACAGCUGCGAAUCUUGAGCCUGACCACGGGCCAUGCCUAUAUACCAUUCGCCCUCGAAGCACCUGCCCCGGAUCAACCCUUGCCCGCCAUAUGCCAGGAUGCGUGUGGGGCUUGGAGCUGUGGUUUCCUCACCCCCUACAUCAUGGAACCUGCCCCUUCGGAGCCAAUGGCACUUUGCGAGGCUACUUUGGAUGCUGCUGCAGAGGCUGCGACUUCUGAGCCAAGUGCUACCCGCAACAAUGUUCCGGCCAUCGCUCCGACACCGGCUACUUCUGAGCAACGUGCCUGUGGCAACCUUCUGAACUGUUCUGCAGAACCGGAUCUUUCUGACCCAAGUGACACUCACAACCCUCUGGACACAGCUGCAGAAACAGCCACUUCUGAGCAAAGUGCGCUGGACAGCAUUGAGGAUAUUGUCGCGCAGAGCUUCCAACAUGAUGCGAAUUCCUUUCUUGGAGCUCUCGGCUGCUUGGCCCCUUUUUCCUUCGAGGUGAUGCUUGCUGCUUUGAAUGAGUCGCGAUCCAUUGAUUGCCCUUCACUGACAUGGGCCCAGGUGUCGGCUCUAGUUUCCUGUCUCGUUGCGGCCCUCCCUCAGGGCAUCAUCAUCCGCAACCUCGACCCCGCGAUCACUUGGUGGGUUGCGGGUGGUGGCUACCAUCGACACGUUGCAUUCUGGGAUGUAUCUCCGUACCUCUUCUUGGAGCGAGAUCCAGAAGGACGCUACCGCCCAUUGAUGCACUUGCCACUUUCCAUGCAUCCCGACAUGUCACUUGAGCUCCAACUUUCCACGUGUUGGAUUGCAACUUGCGAACCACCCCUUCGGGCAACGGUGCCUGGCAAUUGCUUCUUUGCAGCGCUCGGCUAUGAUCGCAAUGUCCUUCUCACGCUUGCGCUGCAAGCUGCGUACGCGCUGCCAAUGCGCACGAGGGCCCGCAUCGUGCAACGUCUUCUGACCUUGCUGGUGCCUGGUACUUGGGUCAAUGCUUUGGAUGCUCAGAUCUUCGUCAACCUCCUGCCAGCUUGGUUCCCCAAUGGCCUGUUCAUCUUCAGUGCUGAAGGUCUGCUGCUGCAUUUUCGGUCUUCUCAAGCGCCAGCGUUGUGUGCGCUUGGCUCCGCUCCGCUGCUUUACUAUGAUUGCAAUCAUUUCUCCCGCGCCGCCCUGUGGGCGCGUGGUUCCACCCAAUGGUUCGGCGAGACGAGGCAGCAUGACACAUUGAGGUCGCACCGAGUCCUUCGCAUCCCUGCGCACUGGGUUUCAGCGUUUGCGGUCCGCAUGUCAGGGGGCGUCCGCAAGUUUUCCGAGAAAGAGAUCUUGGACGCGUUUGGCUCGGCUGAGGAAGUGCCAUUUCCCAUGGCUGCUCUCGAGGAAUUGCUGCCUGAGGUCUGCGGGCAUUGCAAGCUGGUGGCAGACACCUUGAGCGUGCCCCUUUCUUGGGUUCUGCUCACCGAAGUCUGUGCUGCAGCCUUCUUCGCCCCGACCUCCGUGCUCAUGCCUACUAAAACCAUGCCGCUAUAUGCGAUGCCGUGGGCCUUCAUUCUGCAUCCUGGUGCGACCCAGACCAGUGGAUUGAUGUCGACCUAUAGUCGCACCUUCCGCCAACUUGAACUGUGGGAAACCGAUUUCCAAGUGCGAUUGGCAAAGGAGCAACCCCGGCAGAAUGAACAGGUGCAGGAGGGGCAAGAUGCAGGUGAACCUGUCCAAAAACGCGCGCGCUCCACUGCCCCCGCUGCUAUGCACAUGGGGUUUACGUCAGGGAGCCUUGAUGGCAUUGUCGGCCGCAUGGCCGAACCACAGAACAUAAGCCGUGCAGCGGCAUUCUUGGCCGAAGGCCUUAUCUUUUUGAGCUGGAUUUCUGAUCUUUGCUCCUCUCACAAAGGGUUGCUCACACAGCUCACCGAUCGACUCCUCUGGGACAAAGUCACGGUCAAGGACCGCACGACCGUCAUGGUCGACGCCCCCUUCUUGGGCAUUUGUGCUGCAGUGCAUAUGGAAGAACUGAUGUCGGCCAUUGGCGUUGAAGACCCCCUGGGGUUAAGGGAGCGGUUGCUGAUCAUCUACGAGCGUCCUCGCUUUGUCCGCUCGUCGGAACUGCAAGAAGCAUGCUCCCGCAUCCCUGCCCAAUCCCUUCACGCGCAUCUUGCAACUCACUUUUGGGCCCUUCAUUGUGUGCAUCAUCCACAGCACCCCCCCAAGUCCCGCUUCGUCGCGGAUCUCAAUUACCACUGGUUGAAAUACAGCUGGCAAGAAGAUGCGGCGAAACUGUUUUGGGACAACUUCGAUGACAGGGCCGGAGAACAGGAGGCCGCCUACCGCCUCGACCAGCAAGCGGCCAAAAGAGCUGGCAAGUGGAAAACUCGCCAUUUCCGCUUGGCUUUGCCUUUUCACAACUUAGCACAGGCUUGCGCGAGGACCAGUAUAGAGGACUGGAACACUGAGGUGUCCUACAAGGCUGCCAAGGCGAGCCUCAUCUUCAGCACCUGGAUGGAUGACGUCUUUCAACGCCUCGACUUGCUGCGCGCUGCGCCUUUGCCACCUCCAGGCCCCGCAGCCGCCGCAGCCCCAUCACCACGCGAAGACCUUCGAACUCUGCUGGCUUCCGCUUCCCUUGGCGCUGUCCUGAGCAACCAAGUGAAUUUGCCCCAUCUUCGCAUUUUCAUGCUGGCUGUCCUAGCGUCCGAGAAAAGGCCACUCUUGCGAAAUCACGACGUCUUGCACCUGAAGCCCGUUUUAGCCUUGAAUCUGCAGGCUGCUGCAGGGAUAUACCACAGCAACCGCGCUCUGAAAGCAUUGAGCCUGCUCGGGUUUGGUGUGGUCACUUUAAGCACCAACACAUCGGGCACAAAGGUCCUGUGGUUCACGAAAAUCCCUUCGGAGGACUAUGCCAGUCCUGCCCUGCAGCGCAGUCGGUCUGCCUUGGCGAUCCUAGAGCCGAAUGGCUUUAUUUCGUGGAACCGCGCACAAAUCUUGCAAAACAAGCAGAAGAACCAGGAAGCCAUCGUCUACCCUGAUCUGGCUGCUGCAGAGGUGCAAGCCUCGAUCGCCGCCGCUGCCACCGCCUGGGAAGAGAUCACCACGGCGCCAGUAUGCGCGGCGCUGCUUCGUGCAUGUCUGCCUGUCGAUCGUCCAUCCCUCUUGCCCAUCCGACCGACGAACCCCCUAUGCUACUUGGGGCUUUUUGGUCUUCCCAAAGAGCAGGAUGUGAAGCAGCCAUGGGCCAACUUUGUUGGCCUGGUGCUGGCAUCUGUCUCGUUGAUUUUCUUUUCCCUUGCAUCUGCAUUUGAUGACUUCGAACCUGCACGAGAGGUCGAGAUGAAGAAGGAAAAUUCGGAAGCCUCAACAGCGGCUUCUUCAUGUGGAGAUUUACCGGACAUCGAAGAUGGGCAGACGACCAUGCAGAAGCCUGCGACACUGAAACAUGGGGAGCGAGGGGAUGCCGGUUCAGAUCGCGCAAAUCGCAUGAAGGCAAUGUUGGGCUUCUCAAUGGCAAUCCUAGCAGGCGUUUUGUUCGGCUCAACGUUCGAUUUGCCAAUGGAUCUCAAGAAUGGCAUCUUUGGUCCAGACCACAGCCAGCACAUCAUGGCGAAGACCUUGGCACAAGAUCCUCAUCUCCGUUACAGUGCGGUGGGCGCCAGCGCUGGCGCUGCCAUUGUGGGUGCAGGUGGUGCAGCAACAGGACUCACCACUGGGAGCCUUCUCGGAGCGGCAGUAGGCGUCAUUCCUGCAGUCUUCACCUUCGGCCUGUCGAUCCCCUUCUGCGCUGCUGUGGGCGGCGGAGCAGGAUUGGCUGUGGGCGCUGCCAGCGGCGCCACUGCUGGUGCUUUGGCAGGUGGCGCAACAGGCUAUCAAGCGUACAAUCAUCGUCACGAGAUCCGAGCAUCUGCGAACAAGACCUUGGAACAGGUCACGACCAGCGCAGACUUUGUAAAAGCGAGGGCCAACGCUGCGACAUCCUUCCUAUCAGAACGUGCCACUGUGGCCAGGGCCCGUCUCAUGGGAGGUGGUACUGGUGGAACAGAGGCGCAUGACUGAUUUUGGCAGCGCCAAUUUCAAGGUACUGGUAUGAAGGCUUAGAAGAACCACGAUUGGUACAGUACACACGAUCUUUCAAGUGACUGACUCAGGAAUGAAGGCUGCAGUCAAGUUUGGUUUUGGCCCCUCUCCUUUCUGCUCUGCAAAGAAUCUAACGCAGGACGCGAGAGAGAGAGAGAGAGAGAGAGAGAG